AUGUCAGUUUGCGAAGAAUUAUUCCUUCCAUCACAUCCAUCAUUGAUUAUUGAAGAUCGUCUAAGCUUAUGUGGUAAUGAAGAAGAUUCUGUAUUAAAAUGGAAAUUUAUUACUCAUCUUUUAACAACUAGACAUCAGUCGAAUCAAACACCUGCAUCUAUUGUUGAGUUGAUCAGUUGUUUUUGUCCAAAUUUAUCUUGUUUAUCUACAACAGUUUUAUACGAAGUAUUAAAUGAAAAUUUACAAUUUUGUUCAUAUUACUGGCCGAACCUAGUUAAUUUGGCAUUGAAAUUGCCUACGUUAUUUCCAACACAUACUAUACGGUCACUUGACUUUACAGAUAAUGACGAAGAAGAAAUAAAGCUGUAUAGUCUGACUCGUGAACAAAUCGCUUGUCUACUUGUUCAUAUGUUUCUUUGUACAAUUGACGAUAAGAAUUUCUCACUUUGGUAUGAAUCUUCGUGUUAUAAUCCUUCUAAAUCAUAUUUAACAGUAUUAAUCUAUUAUUUUCAAUACUAUGUAGAUUUCAUUCGAGAUAACGAUAAUUCACGUUCGAUUUUAUUUGAACGGCAUCGUCUACAAAGAAAUGUGGAUUGGAAAUUAUGUAAGAAACCAUUAAUAAAACAAUUAUAUCAACAAGAUGAUUUAAAUGAUAUUUUAUCGACUAAUUUACAAUUAAUAUUUGCUAAUAAACACAUUGGUUAUGGACAAUAUGGUACGCAAGAAGAAGCACAUUGCGGAAUGUCAACAGAGUUGAAUGUUGUUGUUUUAUUUAUGAAUAGAGAUUUGAGAGAUAAUGAAUGUCUAGUUGUACAUGGAAUUCAAACAUUUGGCCAAUAUCAAGGAUAUGGAAAUGAUUUGAAAUUAAUCGGUUUUCAUUCAUCAACAGCAUGUGAUUGGUCCCGACGUUCUUAUGUUUUUGCUGAUGCACUAGAAAUGAACUUUAGUGAAACGAAUGAACUCGAAGAUUUGAAAGAGUAUAAUUUAACUCGUGAAUUAGCAAAAAUAUCGUGUACAUUUCGGUUACAACAAGACAAGUCAUUGAAUACGGGACAUUUUGGAUGUGGAGCAUUUCAUGGAAAUCGAUAUGUCAAAAUAGUACUACAAAUUUUAGUGGCAUCAUUUUACAAUGUUCAACUUCACUUUUAUUCAUCAUCUAAAGCAUUUAUUGAUGAAAUUAACGAUUUACUAAAAUAUCUCAAUGAAAAGCAAAUUAACUGUAGUGAUUUGUACCAUUAUUUAGAAUAUUUAAAAGUUCAUCUGAAACACAGAACCAGCAAAAGUAUUCCUGAACUAGUCAAAUGGAUUGCGGGGAAUGAAAAAGUCUAG